AUGGCUUCGCAUAACGGAAUGGAGGGUUCACACGGGCGCAGAAGGGCUAGAGAUGAAAACGAUACAGAGCAGCGGAGUAGUGACAGCAGGUCACAGAGCUACGAGCACCCACCAUCGUCGCCACAAGUUGGGAGCGGGCGCGGCUCGCGUAUGGGGAAUAAUUCGCCGCUGGGGUCGCCGGACGAGAUCGACUUCGAGAACCCCGAUAACGACGGCGACGAGCGCAUCGAGUUUGCAGACGACCUGGAUGACGCAGAAGAGCGCAUAGACGAGGUCGACCUGGUGGGCGACGACAUGUACGCGGACUAUACCGCCAAUCGCAACAAGGACUUCUAUGAAAAUGAGGGCGUGGACGACGCGGAGCACGAGGAGCUGUCGUUGGCGGACCGGCGACGGAUCGACGCGCAGCUCAAUGCGCGGGACAGGAUGCUCCACGAUAGCCAGGUGUUUCUGGACGACGAGAUGGACGCGGAUGACAAGAUGCAGGUGGACGCGAUGGGUAUGCCGGUGCAGCGCCGGCGCAGAAGGAACCAAUACGACGAGGCGGACUAUGACGAUCUUCUCUCUGAUAUGGAUGUAGACCCGCUGAUGGAGGAGCUCACUCUCGAGUCUCUGAGCGAUGUGAAGUCAUCCAGCUAUUCGGAGUGGAUCACGCAACCGAACGUGGCGCGGACGAUCGCACGGGAGCUGAAAUCAUUUCUCCUUGAGUAUACCGACGAAUACGGCAAGUCUGUGUACGGUGCGCGCAUUAGAACGCUUGGUGAGCUGAAUUCCGAGUCGCUGGAGGUCAACUACCGUCACUUAGCUGAGUCGAAGGCUAUUUUGGCGCUUUUUUUAGCGAGGUGCCCGGAAGAGAUGUUAAAGAUAUUCGAUACAGUUGCCAUGGAAGCAACGCAGCUGCAUUACCCAGAAUAUACGCGCAUACACUCAGAGAUCCAUGUGCGCAUAUCUGACUUUCCCACCAUACACAAUCUGCGAGAGCUGCGUGAGGCAAAUCUAAACUCGUUGGUGCGUGUCACCGGUGUCGUUACCAGGAGAACAGGUGUGUUUCCGCAACUCAAGUAUGUGAAAUUCAACUGUUUAAAGUGUGGCUCCAUUCUCGGCCCCUACUACCAGGACUCUAACGAAGAGAUUAAGAUAUCCUUCUGUACCAAUUGUCGUUCGAAAGGCCCAUUCAGAACUAAUAUGGAAAAGACGUUGUAUCGCAACUACCAGCGGCUCACACUACAAGAGUCUCCCGGGACUGUCCCUGCUGGCAGGCUUCCGCGCCAUAGGGAAGUUAUUCUUCUUUGGGACUUGGUUGAUGUUGCCAAACCGGGCGAGGAAGUGGAGGUUACUGGAAUUUACAAGAACACUUAUGACGGCAAUCUGAACGCCAGGAAUGGCUUCCCCGUCUUUGCAACUGUCCUGGAGGCUAACUCUAUCAAACGUAGGGAAGGUGGACUUCACUCAGGCGACGAUGCUGGAGAUGAAGGUUUAGAUGUUUUUGGCUGGACUGAGGAAGAGGAGCGCGAGUUCCGUAAGAUGUCACGGGACCGUGGUAUUAUUGACAAAAUCAUUUCAUCUAUCGCACCAUCUAUAUAUGGCCAUCGUGACAUUAAAACUGCGGUUGCUUGCUCACUCUUUGGCGGUGUACCGAAGAACGUAAAUGGGAAGCAUUCGAUACGUGGUGAUAUCAACGUCUUACUCUUAGGUGACCCAGGUACUGCCAAAUCUCAAAUCUUAAAAUAUGUGGAAAAGACGGCACAUAGGGCUGUCUUUGCUACUGGCCAAGGUGCAUCUGCAGUAGGUUUAACUGCCUCGGUUAGGAAGGAUCCUAUCACCAAGGAAUGGACUCUUGAAGGUGGUGCGUUGGUUUUGGCCGAUAAAGGGGUGUGUUUAAUUGACGAGUUUGACAAGAUGAAUGACCAGGAUCGGACGUCCAUUCAUGAAGCAAUGGAGCAACAGAGUAUAUCCAUCUCUAAGGCUGGUAUUGUAACCACUUUGCAAGCUAGGUGUUCGAUUAUUGCGGCUGCUAACCCAAACGGGGGUCGUUACAACUCAACAUUACCAUUGAGCCAAAACGUUGAUUUAACCGAGCCGAUAUUGUCGAGAUUCGAUAUCCUGUGCGUUGUGCGAGAUCUUGUCGACGAAGAAAGUGAUGAAAGGCUAGCAACGUUUGUUGUCGACUCCCAUAUCAGAUCGCACCCUGAAUCUGACAUCCACCAGGAACCAGCUGAUGAGGACAUGGAGGAGGCCGAUGCUGGAACAGCUGCCCUGUCCAACAGACAAAAGAAACUCAAGCGUCAUAGAGACAAAGAGGGGGAAAUAUCUCCUAUUCCUCAAGAAGUAUUGAUGAAAUACAUACACUACGCGCGAACCAAGGUUAAUCCUAAAUUACACCAAAUGGACAUGGGGAAAGUUAGUAAAGUGUAUGCGGAUCUCAGAAGAGAAAGUAUUACAACGGGUUCCUUCCCUAUUACAGUUAGACACUUGGAAUCUAUCCUUAGAAUUGCUGAAUCGUUUGCAAAGAUGAGACUCUCUGAGUUUGUUUCUUCUUGGGAUCUUGAUCGGGCGAUCAAAGUAACUGUGGAUAGUUUCGUUGGCGCACAGAAGAUCAGUGUCCGGCGACAACUACAAAGAUCGUUCGCAAUUUAUACAAUGUCGCGCGGCGAUUAA